ACACACACACACAAUGAUUAUUGUUUCUGUAUUUAUUGGAUUAGGUGUCAACUGACGUUUUUGUAUUGUGUGUAGUGUAAUUCUGUGUGGCCGUGGGUCUUUGACCUCUGUGUUUAUAGAAUGUGGGUGACAUCCUGUCAGAAAAAUAAACAAGCGUGUUCUUGUGAAUGUCCGAGUGGAAUUCCACUCAAGCUUCUCCACACUUGAACUUAAAACACUGAAGCUCAGAAAGCACAGACUCAGUGAUAUCAACGCACUUCUCAUCAUUCUUUGAGCCCAGAAUACAGAUGCUCUCUAGCGCCUCCCGUCUGAGCGGCAGAUAGUGCAGAAUGAGCAGAAGUCAGUCACUGCUGCUGCUGCUCAUACACCUGCUGACAGCACCGGUGUGUCGCUGUGAGGAUGUGUUUAUCACAGCGAGGAUGUCAACAGAGCCGGUGACAGAUAUCCCAGCAUCCGGCCAGGAUCUGAGAGUAUCACGUGAGCAAAUCCUCUCUGCUCAGUUUGAGUGUUACCUUAAAAUACUGCACGACCCGUCACGCACUGAACCAGGACGGUACUGUAACCGCACAUGGGACGGCUGGUUGUGUUGGGGAGACUCCGACCCUGGCACCGCUGUACAGCUCUGCCCCUCUUACUACCAUGAUUUCGAUCCAUCUGAAAAAGUGACCAAAGUGUGUAACCCAGACGGCCACUGGUUCCGACAUCCAGAGAGUAACCGACUGUGGUCCAAUUACACCCAGUGUUCAGCAUACACAGAGCAGAAGCGCAAGCUCACGUUUGUCAGUUAUUACCUGGCUGUGUUGGGACACGUACUGUCCAUCAUCUCACUCCUCAUCUCCAUGUGUAUCUUCUCCUAUUUCAAAUGUUUGAGCUGUCAGCGCAUCACUCUUCACAAAAACAUGUUCACUUCAUUCAUCCUCAAUUCAGUGGCCACCAUCGGAUGGCUUCACGUGGUCAUUGGAAAACAGCAGCAGAAAACUCACUUUUCUCAGAUUGGUUGUAAGAUUCUGGCCAGUAUAAUGCAUUACACGUCUUGUUCCAAUUACUUCUGGAUGCUGUGUGAGGGAAUCUAUCUGCACACGCUCAUCAUCGUGGCUGUGUUUGUAGGAGAACAGCAGCUGGGCUGGUACUACCUCCUCGGGUGGGGUUUUCCAGUGAUUCCUGCUGUCAUGCACGCAGUGGCACGUCUGAUCUUCCACGAUGACAAUUGUUGGGUCAUUAACUCAAAGCUGCUGUACAUCACACACGGACCCAUCCAUGUGGCUCUGCUGGUCAAUCUGUUCUUUCUUCUCAACAUUGUGAGGGUGUUGAUCACUAAACUGCGGGUCACUCAUCGGACCGAGACCAACGUGUACAUGAAGGCCGUGAGAGCCACGAUCAUUCUGGUACCGCUGCUGGGAGCUCAGUUCAUCCUGGUGCCCCUGCAGCCCAGCGGACGCGUCUCACUGGCCAUCUAUGAUUUAUUCAUGAACAUCUUUGUACAUUUUCAGGGGCUUCUGGUGGCUAUAAUCUUCUGCUUCUGUAACAGAGAGGUGCAGUCUGCUUUCAGACGGAGGUAUGCUCAGUACGCCUCUCAGUGGACACGCAGACGUCUGGUGACGACCGAUUCUCACUGUAACUACCACACAAACUCCUCCAUCACUGAGAACAGCCGCGUCACCAUCAGUCUGGACCACGAGAAGAUGCACGCGCUCAACGGACAGAGCAACGGCAGACGACGGUCACACGGAGAACACGACAGAAGCGUGGAGACGUCUGAAAUCUGAACGUUCGUCCAGCAGAAAAAGAUCUGUGUUCACCUUACACGCGUCUAACUGUUCUCACAUAGAUCUCACACAUCUCACGGCUUCACACACAAACAUUUCUAGAUCAGGUCACGUGAUCACAGCUCCUCGUGUGAGAUGAUGUGGAGUAAUCCGGAUCAGAAUGAUUUCAUGUAAACAGGACUGAUGUUUGUAGGAUUCUAGAUGCACUGUAAACCUGUGUCGUUAUUUGUGCGUACGGAUGUCACACUCCUUUACUCGUAUGCAUUCUGUUUGUUCACACACAUUAGUGUGCACAUUUACAUUUAGCAGACGCUUUUAUCCAAAGUGACUUGACAGAGAAAUUAGGAAACAAUAGAGCGAUUCACACACUCAAAAUGUAGAAUAUGGUUCUUUUGAAGCGUAACCCGAUCACAAAUGUCUCUUUAUACUGUAAAUAGAUUAUAUAUCAAUAAGUUUUCCUCACGUUUCUUUUUUUAAAUGCAUGUGUAAAUACUGUAUGUUUUAUAAAUAUUGUAUUUGUAUCUGUUCAUGUGUUGAAGGCCAUAAGAGAGCCAGGUGACUUAUACUUUUUGUGACUGUUGGUAUUAAAUAAUAUAUAGAAGUGA